AUGGACACCUCAAAGGUGGCCAAAGAAGCAAAAUCAGCACCAGCACAUCCAGUUACAAUUAAAAUCAACGAAAUCGCAGAGCUACUCACCAGGGAUCAGACGAUGACUAAACUACAAGCCGUAACAACAACAAUCAACAGGGCAAUCAACAAAUUCAGGAGGCAGCCAAUGCUCUCGGGAUCUGUCUUGGCAUCACGCCUCACCACAUUAGUCAUUGAAGAAGCUCACCGCAGGACUCUCCACGGAGAGACUCAACUCACCUUGGCCUACACACGUCAAAGGUAUCGGAUAAUCGGUGGCAGAGGUACAGUUAGAGCGUACAUUCAACGCUGUUCCAUCUGCACCAGACACCGAGGAAGACAGGCCCAGCAACAAAUGGGUCAACUACCAGCAACGAGAACCUCAGCAGCAAGAGCAUUUCUCCCCACAGGGGUGGACUAUGCAGGACCAUUUGCCAUCCUCAAAUGGAGACCAAUGAAUGCACAACCAGGGUCAGUGCACAUUGCAGUUUUCGUGUGCUUCAUCACAUCAGCAGUUCACUCAGAGCUGGUCACCAGACAGAUAACAGAAGCCCUCAUCGGAGCCUACAAGAGAUUCACCGGAAGACGAGCUGUUCCAGCUGUCAUGUACAGUGACAAUGCCACUACCUUCAUUCAGGCUGCUUUCGCCACCAAUGAGACUCAAUGGAGCUUCUCACCACCACGAACACCCCAUUUUGGUGGAAAGUGGGAAGAAGCAGUGAAAUCAAUAAAGUAUCACCUCAGAAGAGUCUUGGGGACAACAACCCUUACAUGUGAGGAACUCAACAGUGUCUUGAUCCAGGUAGAGGCCUGCCUAAAUUCCAGGCCAAUCUGUCCCAUAUCAGAUGACCCAGACGAUCUCCAAGUACUCACCCCAGGAUACAUCCUGAUAGGUGAGCCUAUCCAAUUGAUACCAGAGCCAUCAAUCAUCGACAAGAACUCCAGCAAGUUGCAGAGGUGGAACCCGGUAGCGCAGUCAACUCAACAGUUCUGGUCCAGGACAACCUACACAGAGCUUGAUAGACCAAUCACCAAGCUCUGUCUACUGCCAUCAGAUCCACCACCUCUACAACAACCUCCAGAAGAUGAUACAGAAGAAGCUCAACAGAAACAGACUCACCAUUAA